CCUGCCCCGUUCCGGCCCCUGCAGACCUCCGACAUGGACACCUCGCGCUCGCCGUCGCCGCAGUUCGCGCCACAGAAGCUGACGGACAAGCCCCCGCUGCUCAUCCAGGACGAGAAUGCCACCAGAAUCGAGCGGGUGAUCGACAACAACACCACGGUAAAGAUGGUGCCCAUCAAGAUAGUGCACUCAGAGAGCCAGCCGGAGAAGGAGAGCCGCCAGGCGCUGGCCCGCGUCCCCGAGCCGCCUCCGCUGCCCCGGGGCCUUGAGCGGGACCAGAUCAAGACGCUCAGCGCGUCCGAGCAGUCCUACUCACGCUUCUGCCCCUAUAGCCGCCAGGGCACCGAGCCCCAGCCCCCCGCCAGCACCCCAGGGCCCCCUGCCAAGGACGACCACGCCUCCCCUCCUGCCCUCAGCUACCUGAAGGCCAAAGACAGGACCGCCGACGACCUCAAGUCAGAGGAGCUGGCCCGCGAGAUCGCGGGCAGGGAUAAGUCGCUGGCGGACAUCCUGGACCCAGGCGUGAGGAUGAGAACCACCAUGGACCUCAUGGAGGGCAUCUUCCCCAAAGAUGAGCACCUCCUGGAAGGCGCGCAGCAACGGAGGAAGCUGCUCCCCAAGGUGCCCUCGCCCAGGAUGGCGGAGGAGAGGAGGGAGGAGACCAUGCUGGCGGCCGCACCCUUGGCCACCAACUCCGCCUACUACAGCACCUCGGCCCCCAAGGCGGAGCUGCUGAUAAAGAUGAAGGACCUGCAGGAGCAGCAGGAGCCAGAAGAGGACUCCGGCAGUGAGUUGGACCGCGACCUGUCAGUCAAAAAGGAGCUCAUCGAGAGCCUCAGCCGCAAGCUGCAGGUGCUGCGGGAGGCGCGGGAGAGCCUGCUGGAGGACGUGCAGGCCAACAGCGCGCUGGGUGACGAGGUGGAGGCCAUGGUCAAGGCCGUGUGCAAGCCCAAUGAGUUUGACAAGUUCCGCAUGUUCAUCGGGGACCUCGACAAGGUGGUGAACCUCCUGCUGUCGCUCUCCGGCCGCCUGGCCCGCGUGGAGAACGCCCUCAACAACCUGGACGACAGCACGCCUCCGGGCGAUCGGCAAUCCCUGCUCGAGAAGCAGCGCGUCCUGAUCCAGCAGCACGAGGACGCCAGGGAGCUGAAGGAGAACCUGGACCGCCGGGAAGGCAUCGUCUUCGACAUCCUAGCCAGCUACCUGGGCCCCGAGAGCCUGGCGGACUACGAGCACUUCGUCAAGAUGAAGUCAGCGCUCAUCAUCGAGCAGCGCGAGUUGGAAGACAAAAUACACCUGGGUGAGGAGCAGCUGAAGUGCCUGUUGGACAGUCUGCAGCCAGAGAGAGGCAAAUGAGGGCGCACCCAACCCCCACCCCACCCGGCCCUCCCCGGAGGAGGAGGAGGACGCGGAUGGGGUUGGCGGAGUCAUCCGCUCUGGUCCUGUGGAUGCCGCUGAAAACCGUAGCCUGUAUUUACGUCCUAUCGCUGGGGGUCAGGGGUUGGGGGGGGGGUGUCCUCUCACGGCCAGGUGGCGGUCAGCAAAGUAAUAACUUAUAUGUGUGCGUUUGGGAUGAGUUCUUUAAUUCUUAGGUUCCCUCUUGGAAUGCUGAACAGAGCAGCUCCCCCCUGCCGCUUGGCCGCCGUGGCCCGGAA